AUGUGGUUGUUAACCCGUAAUUAUCACUUCGUCUUAUUCAACAGGAUUUGUAAUGUCGUUUCAUUACGACGGAUUGCGUUUACUGGUUGUAAUUUUCCGUCAAAAUCUACUGGGAAAACCCAUAAAUGUCUGGCAUCAUUUUCAACUGAAGUCACCAAUGAACGUAAAGAGAAUGAUGCCAGUUCACCACGGGAAUUAGACAAACCUAAACGUAUUUGGCCCAAUCAAUUACCCGUUCCUAUCGAAAUUGUCACACCACCUUUUUCAACAACUAUAGCGGCUACUUCGAAGGCGCCACUGAUAAAAGAUUUUUUCAGAGGCCAAGUCAAUCUGGAAUUGUUCGAAUUUCUAGAAUUACAAACUAGACGUGAAGUAGACGAUUUAGACGCUAUGCACAAUCAAAUCAAGAGAUUCAUACUCAAAAUGGAUAGUUACGAGAUUGAUCGAAACUGUAGUUUGUCGAAAGAAAUGAUACAUAAUCUGAAUGAGCUUGGUCUACUUGCUUUCUGUAUUGACAAAGAAUAUGAUGGUCUUGGUUUCAAUACUACUCAAUGGAUGAGAGCUUGCGAAGCAAUCGGUUUAGAUGGAUCUGUAUGGACUACAUUAACUGCUCAUCAGUCAUUAACUGCCAAAACGAUAUCUUUACUUGGAACAAAGGAACAAAAGGCGUAUUAUUUACCGAAAUUAGCAUCUGGUGAAUUUAUUGGUGGGUUUUGUUUAUCUGAAAUUAGCAGUGGUAAUGAUAUUCAAGCGUUGACUAGUUUAGCAGUUUUAAAUGAAACCGAUGAUCACUAUAUACUUAAUGGUCAUAAAACUUGGGUUACCAAUGGUGCAGUGGCAGAUGUUUUCGUUGUAUUCGCUCGAACUCUCUCUAGUAAUAAUAAUAAUGAGAUAACAGCAUUUAUUGUGGAUCGGUCAUUAGAUGGUAUUGAAUGUGGGCCAUUGCUGGAUACUUUUGGUGCAUGUGGAUCAAAUGCAACUGAUGUCUUCUUCAAAAACGUGAAAGUUCCUAAGAACAAUUUAUUGGGUAAACAUGGUGAUGGGUUUAAAACAGCUCAAAAUGUUUUAGUUCUUCAUCGUUUGAAUACUGUAGCCUCUGGUGUCGGUGUACUACGUUAUCUUCUUUCAUAUACUGCUGAACAUUGUUUACAACGUCAUCAGUUUGGAAAACCAAUUGGUGAUUAUUCUAGAGUAGAAGAAAAAUUAUCUGAAAUUGUUUUAAAUCUUUAUGCAAUGGAAUCAGGAUUAUUCUAUUUUAGCGGUUUACUAGAUGCGCAGCCAUCACGUAAUCUUUCCUUAGAAUUAGCUGCUUUAAAAAUUUUUAGUUCGGAAAAAGUAUGGUCAGGCAUUGAUACAUGUAUUCAGCUAGCUGGACGUUUUGGUCUACUUAAAAAUGUCCCAUAUGAACGAUUUCUACGAGAUGCUAGAAAUCAUCUUACCAGUAUGGAAUCAAAUGAUAUCUUACGUAUUAUGAUAGCUGGUGAAGGCAUAACUGAAAUUAUUCCUGGCUUUGAAAAAACGAUCUCCGAUUUAAGUGUUUAUACUCGACACCCAAUAACUAAUAUAAAAACUAAAUGGUUAUUAAAAAGAAGAAAGCAAGGAAAAUAUGCUGCUCAAGCUGGUUCUGGCCCGAAAGUAACCGAGGGUAAUGCUUCACGUGAUUUAAAAGAUCAUUUGCAUCCUAGCUUUGCUGAUAUGGCAACUCGACUUGCUAUAAAUACACAACGAUUUCAAAGUUUAUGCCAAAUUUCACUUAUUCAGUAUGGCCGAGAGAUUACAAAUGAACAAAUGUUAUUAUGUCAGUUAGCAGAUGCUGCAAUUGAUCUCCUAUUAACGUCUAUUUGUUUUGGUCGGGCCUCUAGAUCAAUAAGCAUUGGUUUACCUCGUAAUGAUUAUGAGAAAACUUUGGCACAUACGUUUUCUAGACUAGCACUUCGACGCGUUGAACAUAUUAUAGAAUAUAAGUUUGAAAUAGAUCGUUACCAACAUCGUGUCGCUAGCGAAUUACUGACACAGCGUUUCUAUCCUGUAUCUCAUCCACUUGCACGUGUAUGGUAAAUUGUAAUAACUUUUCAUCUCUUGUUAAUAAAUUUAUUAUUCAACUCCCUAUAAAA